AUGUUUGUAUGGACCGAACCGUGGAUUGAGGAUAAUGGGAUGAGAGCACCAUGGAGGAAAAAUACCAUUUUUGACGUUUGCUUGAGAGUGAAGGACCUUAUUGAUCCGAGUACAGGGUUAUGGGAUCUAGAUGCUUUGGAAGAGCACUUCUUUCCCCAAGAUAUAAACAGAAUACAAUCUAUUAAACCUGUAAGAGAUCACAAAGAUUAUCACGUGUGGAAGCAUAACAAAAGUGGGGAGUAUUCCGUCAAAUCAGGCUACUGGCUAGCCUCCCUAUCUAUUAAUUCUCAAGCGCUCAAGGAUGUUGAAGCUCAACCAUCUCUAAAUGGUCUCAAAGCUGAGGUAUGGAGUAUUCAAACCGCCCCAAAAAUCAAGAUAUUCUUAUGGAAAGUCCUCAGUGGAGCUCUUCCAGUGGCAAAUCUACUCAGGAGAAGAGGAAUUGAAGGAGAUGAACUUUGUCGAGUUUGUGGAGAAGCAGAAGAGACCAUUAACCACAUCCUAUUUACUUGCACUUAUGCCAGACAGAUUUGGGCUCUAUCUGACUAUCCCUCUCCGAAUUCUGGGUUCCAAAAUGGCUCUGUUUUUUCAAAUGUCUAUCAUCUCCUAACCAACAGAAACAACCUGCGAUGGCCAGCUGAUACAAAGAGCAAAAUUCAUGAAGAGGUUGAUGAUUGGUUUCAGGCUCAGAUAAAGGACAGCGGAGAAAAUCUUGAGACACUGAGUCCUUCGCUCAACAAAACUACAACAGAGGAUGGUGAACUUCUCGUAAAGGACAGCGGAGAAAAUCCUGAGACACUGAGUCCUUCGCUCAACCAAACUACAACAGAGGAUGGUGAACUUCUCGUUUCUUGGUCUAGACCACAAGAAUCAUGGGUAAAGUGUAAUGUUGGUUGCUCUUGGUCCAAAGGAAAACUGAUUGCAGGAGGAGCUUGGAUAGUGAGAAAUGAUGAAGGAAUCGUCCUUAUGCACAGUAGACGAGCUUUCUCUAACACUAGAGAUAAAGACGAAGGAGUUUUCAGAGUUUUGGAAUGGGCGAUGGAAAGCAUGUUAAGUCACAGGUUUAUAAAUGUGAUAUUUGCCAUUCAAGAUAAAACUCUCGUAGGGGCGGUGAACAGGCCGAAAGCUUGGCCGUCUUUCAGGUUUCAGUCUAUGGAACUAAGAAGGAUUUUGGGAAGGAUUAGUGGUUGGUGUUUGGAACACGAGUUGGAACAAGCAAACAGAGGAGCGGGUCUCAUCGCUCAAAGCAUCACUAGGGACCUGAGAAUGCAAUCAUAUGUUGCAGUAUCUUACCCUCAAUGGCUUAGUUUAGUCUUUGAAGAAGAGACCUCUUUAUCCUUUGUUAUUUGA